UAUUAUUUCUCUAUUUUCCUCUUCUUCUUGACUAAAAUAAAAUAUUCUACUAAUUUGUUUUGUCCAUUUCCUUCAAAAGUUACUAAAUUAUGUAUCAUCAAAACCAGGAGUACUACCAUUUCCCUUGUUUGUGUUGCAACCCCCAUACUUACAUUAGAAUGGUACAAAAUAUGAUAGAGAGGUGUUUAGUGCUUGGGAUGGAUAGAGAUGAAUGCAUUAAGACAUUAGCUAUACAUGCCAGAAUCCGCCCACUCGUAACACUAACAGUGUGGAGAGAGCUUAUAAAGGAGAACACGGACUUCUUUCAAGCUUAUUUCACCAAUAUAUCAACACAAGUACCCUCCUUAAGCUUUCAAAGAGAACCAAGAUUUGGGAGAAGGAAACAAUAUUGGCAGUAAUUGAAGAAUGAAGAAGAAGAUUUCUAGCCAGGAUGUAAUAUAUUUAUGCGUUUU